UGACGGUAGUGGAAAACAGAUUUGGAGGAGGAAGUCUCUGUGUCUGAGUGCAGUCUUCAACAGGAAUGAACUCCCUCUCAUGCCUUGUGCAUAUCAUACUCUGACAAGUGGACCGUCUGUUAUUCACGUGAAGCUGGGGACAUUGCUGGUGCAUCUCCAUUAAACCGUCCGGACUGCUCAACUGUUCCUUCACAUUUUUUUUAUUUUUUACCCCCCCCCACACCUCUUUUAAAUUAAGUUUUCUAAGAUGAUCUGGACGGCGAACGGAUGUUUUGUCACUCUGGCCAUCCUGUUUCUGUGGCGAGUGGAAGAAAUAGCAGAAGCCUGCAGCUGCUCCCCUGCGCAUCCUCAGCAGGCGUUUUGCAACUCAGACGUCGUUAUCAGGGCAAAGGUAGUUGGAGAGCAGGAGGUUGACGUUGGCAAUGACAUCUAUGGAAACCCCAUCAAGCGUAUCAAGUAUGACAUCAAACAAAUGAAGAUGUUCAAAGGUCCCGCCAACGAUAUUGAUGCCAUCUACACCGCUCCCACUUCUGCAGUGUGUGGAGUGAAUCUGGAGAAUAAUGGCAAGGAGUAUCUCAUCACAGGCAAACUGGAGACUGAUGGGACGAUGCAUAUCACACUGUGUGACUUCCUUGAGCCCUGGGAUGCCCUGAGUGACACCCAGAAGAAGAGCCUGACUCAGCGCUAUGAAAUGGGCUGUGAUUGCAAGAUCACCCGCUGCACCUCCAUCCCCUGCGUGUUGAACAGCCCGACUGAGUGCCUGUGGACGGACUGGUUGAUUGAACAGAAGGUCAACGGAAGGCAGGCCAAACACUUUGCUUGUAUCAAGAGGAGUGAUGACUCUUGUGCCUGGUACAGAGCGGCAGCACCGCCCAAAAAAGAAUUCAUGGACAUCGAAGACCCUUAAUUCCACCACUGUCCAAUAGUCUGAGGAUGUCUAAGAUAUACUAAGAUACAAAUGCAGUCAAAUACAGUUUUUUUUUUUUCUUCUUAAGAAAGCCAUUGGGGUUGUGCUCUCUGUGGUGAAGUUGUUUUUAUUUACAGGACUCAUUAUGUUUUUAAUCAACAGUCAGUCAUGAUUCAGCACUUUCAGACACUUCUGCCCCUAAAAUCGAAAGCACUUCUUCAUAAACCACUUCUCCCUCAGCUGAAAUAAAGGGAUAAUCAUUACAAUUCCAUAUUCAUAGCAUUUUUGUUCUUGAGCAAUUCAUUCACUACUUUUUUUUUUUUUUUUAAACCAAAGGUAUUGUUUAACGUGAACUAUAAUUCUAUAAUGCCAUACAUACAUACAUACCUAUAACUCAAAGUGUAUCAAUUCUGUGAAUCUGUGUGUGUUCAUAAAUAACAUUAGCUGGCAAUUGGCGCCCUGAUUUGUGACAGCAGCGCUAUCACAAGGAACAAGUGCCACCUCUUUCCUGUCCUGCUUCAGAUUCUUUCUUUUGCUGAAAAUGCAAAACUCUUCCCCUCUGUUUUUUUUGUUUGUUUUUUUCCCCCAGGUGUGACACACCUGUUUCGAGUGAAUACAAUCAGUGCAUUUGCUAAUAGUUUUUCUUUAAUUAAUCCUGAAUAAAGAAGAAUGCACUUUGAACACAAUUGUCACAGCAGUCAUAUUGUCUCUAAUGAAAAAGAGGAUUGAAUCCUUUUAUUUUGUAUUUUUUUUUUAUAUUACAGCUCUUCUCUUUGUAAUGCUUUAGUGUACAAGCAUAUUUUUAUUUAAGAAGGUUAUAUGACAACACACAUUUUAUGUGCAUUAAAGGUCAAAUUGUAGGCCUUAAUUGUCCGCUGUCUGACUGGCUCAUCCUUUAGGACAGUGGUUAAAGAACAUAUUGUAAUCAAUCAUCCAUUUACUUGCAGAGCCUUUGAUAUGACUAUAAAAGUGUUGAGAAAAUUGAAAAAGAUUCUUCAUUUGAUACUGUAGUCAAGUAUGAUGUCUUGUGCUGGUUUCACAUGAGACGUUUGAGAUUAUUUUUGCAUGCAUGUCCAGCUGAAACAAUACUGUACAUUGUGACUAUUAUAUUAAAUGCCAAACCCUG